AAAUUGGAAUUUAAAAUAAUUUGAUGAUACAAAGUAUGAAUGAGAAAAAUAUUUUUCAUUAUAAAAUAAAUCUAAACCAUAGAAUAAAAUGUCUUGUAUUUAAAAAUUUUAUGAUACAGUUUCAGUUAAGUCAAAUAAACAAACUGCCUACAUAUUAUUCAUGAAAAAUACAUUCUUUGAAACUAUAUAGACAGACACAUGUACCACCAAUUUAUCUUUUUUAUUUGUAGUGAUGAUAACAAUUUGUGGUUUAGUAUUGUCCACACAUUACAUAAAUGUUUGCUACCCCAUAUCCUUUCAACUCUUACUUUAUCUUAUCUGAACAAGUUGACACCAGCCCAGGGAUUAUUUCUCAUUUUAUCUUGAAAUACUGAUAAUACAUUUGAAACAGUACUCAGUAUGUAUUUAAUUAGGUACCUACAUUCAUGUGGUUACAAAAUUACUAAAUGAAUUGAGAGACAAACCCUUUAAAUAAUUUAAUUGUGCUGUUAAAAGUACCGAAAGUCGUAAAGUGGCAUUAAUAUUAACAAGUCCCGACAUGGCAUAGUGUGCAGUCUCAUUGAAGGGAACCAUAAAAGUUGUACGAAGUAGAGAUCGGGAGCGAAUAUUGAUCAGGGGUGGUUGCGCGCGUGUGGCGGCGCGACGCGAGGGGAGCGCGGGGCCUGCGCGCGCCGCCGCCGGAGAGCGCCCAUGUGGUGCCCACCGCUGCGACCCUCCAUUGCCAUCCCAAUUAUACACUAAUGUUAAAAUUCGCCAAAUAUCUACUAUUCCUGCCUAAUUCGUCUGCUGCCGUACUAGUCCAUGAUGUGAGCGGGCCCGCGGCUGCGACCUAAGCCAUCCUCGCGUAAUACGAACGUCUACGUAAAAAUCAAUAAAUCUCUGAGUGAAACAUGGAUGUUGCAUUUUCAUAUGAACAGUGGCCAUAAUGUAGUCGCGCGACGGUGUGUGGACUGUGAUCCAAUAGUGUAUUUGUAUUUCAGUGAAGAUAUAAAAGUUUCCGAUGUUCAAUCACAAGUUACCGACUGACUUUCCAAUGCAAACCCUUCGUAAGAAAACCAGCCCUUGCAAAUACAAGAACGAGCCGGGCCGGUUCUUAGGCGAGGGCGUAUCAUUUCGCGCGAAGCUAAUCGGCGUGCUAGAAGUACCCGAGGCCCGGGGAGACAGGAUGUGUCAGGAAGCGCUGGCCGACCUGAAGAUGGCCAUCCGAGCGGCUGGAGAACAUAAGCAGAGGAUACAGGUUCAUGUAGCCAUAGACGGAUUGAGGCUACGGGAUGAUAAAACUGGGGAUUCCUUGUAUCACCAUCCGGUCCACAAGAUAUCGUUUAUCGCGCAAGACAUGACGGACUCCAGGGCGUUUGGCUACAUAUUCGGUUCUCCAGACACUGGCCAUCGGUUCUUCGGCAUCAAGACUGAUAAAGCUGCUAGUCAAGUAGUAAUAGCAAUGAGAGACUUAUUCCAAGUAGUGUUUGAGCUGAAGAAGAAAGAAGUGGAGAUGGCUAAACAGCAGUUGGAGGGCAAGACGGUCACCAGCAGUUUGGUCCGACACACGACCAACGCCUCCACGGAAAGCAAAACAAAGAAUAUUGCAUCGGUUGGUGAGACGAGCUCCACCACAGCCAAGACCUCAGACGUUGGCGCUGAGGGGGGCGUGGCCGAGCUGGUGGACCUGGAACAGGAGCUCAGCUCACUUAGAAGAGGUCUGACCCAAGUCGAGGGUCUGACUCCUUCCAAUGAUCCAUUCGGAGACUCCUUUACUACGUUGCCGUCGCAAAAGGGUUUGCUCCCCCCUCCCCCGUCUGGGGCGUCUACCCGAGGGCGUAGCACCCCGGCCGCCCCUACUUCAGCCCGUGGCGUCUUCAGCCCCGGCAAGGCUCCUCCCGCUCUCCCCUUCGACCUCGCCACAGUUGCCUCGGAAUUCGAACCUACACCUGCUCUAGUCGACAACCUCACUGAACCACCGGUAUGCCAGGCCGGCGCGUCCACGACGCAGUCGCUCAGUUACGACGUAUUCACGGAACUAGACCCCCUCGGCACCGGCCGGAGUAAACCUUACGUUGACAAAAAACUCUUCUUUCAGGAGCUCAAAAAUCCGCCAAAGAAAGUGCUCAAAGACCUCGUGUCGACACAGAGUCUAAUAUCAGACAUAUUGCCGGUGACCACAGACACUAAGAUAGAGCAUUACGGGCCGGCGACGACGAUGACGUCACUGUCGCGGCACUCGGGCGGCUCGGUCGCGAUCGUCAAGCCGACGCAGUCUGCCAUGUUCUCGGGAAACUUUUUCUCGUCCGACCCGUUUGCGGAGACCGAUCCUUUCGAUAACACUGAUCCGUUUUCGGAUUCAUUCAAAGACGAUCCCUUCACAAGUAUGCAGGAGUUCCCGAAGUCGAGUGUACUGAGAGUAGAUGAGCUCAAGAGCAAGCUGAGUAGGGAGGCGACGCUGGACAAGCCGGAGCCGGAGUCAAGCAACGUGUUCAACGGGCCGCUGCAGGUCUCCCUGCCGCCGGAGCCCGCGCCCAAGUCCCCGCGGCUGCAGAGACAGAGCACAGAGGGCAGCACGGUCCGCCAGAGGCCCCAGGCCCACAAGUUGAGUGCGGACAGCGCGUCCCCCCCGCCGCCGCUGCCGCCGAAGAAGGUGGGCGAGCUGCCGGGGUCCAGGCCGCCGCCGCGACCCCCACACGACCACGAGGAUGAGGACGUUGGCCCACCACUGCCCAAACCUGCCAUGCGACGAGAACCAUUGGCGGACCGCAGUAUGAAGCCCCGCCUCUCAUCGGGCGCUACGUACAGCAGCGAGGACGAGUACCUGACGCCGGCCCCCCCUCCCCUGCCCACCGCGCGACGCUUCGACAUCACCCUCAGCCAACUACUCACCUGCACCAUGGAUGAACUCGCUCACAGAUUGCGAGUUCCUGCCACGACCUUGUCUUCUAUGACUCUACCUCAGCUCACCGACUACCUCAGAUCAUACUUAGCUGCCGAUAAUGAUAGGGCGCACAUACACGUAGAACCAGCAUUAAAAACUGAAAAGGAGAAACCAGUACCAGUUAUAUCGGCGCUACCCACACCAAGUAUUCCACCACUCGAGAAGCCUUCAACCGUCAUCCCGAACGAUUUCAAACCGCAAUUCGAAGACAACUUCACACCGCCCGCCGACAUAAGCGACACAUUCGUAGCUAACUUCGAUGACUUCGACAAGAAAGCAAAUCCUUCGUACGAUAGAUACGCAGCCUUUAGAGAAAUACAGGAAGAAGAAUUAAAAGCUAAAUCUAUUUUGGACCCUAUUGACGCGUUAGAGAGUGAACCGAAGCAGGAUUCGGAUGAGAAAGAGCUGACGGCAAUAGAUAAUCUUAUGAGAGCCAAUCAGGAGCGAGAAAAUGAAAGUAAAGAGCCGGCUCGUAGUCCGUUGAAAACUUUAGAUGAAUUAACACUGGAUUCUUUUAACAUGUUCCGUAAUUCUGUAAGUCCCAAACCGUCGCAGAUUGAUGCGAAGAUUGAAGAUAUUAAAUCUGUUAUGAAGACUUUACAGAUAGAAAAGUCUAGAAGGAGCGUGUCGCCGCGGGAUAACGGACAUGUCGAUGUUAAACUUGAAGAUACUAAUGAUAGGUAUGCAGCACUACGCGAGAUCACAAUAACGGAGCCCCCGCAAGAUGAAUUCGAGUCCCUACCCCCAGAACUACCGAAAGAAAGAAAAAGGUCGGACGAGAAAUCCGACGGAUUCGACAAUUCCGACUUUUUCGACUGCAUCGAUAAUAGUUCCCUCUCUUUCACACACGUGGAGGAUGCGUUUAGGAAGAGUCCUAUUGUGAAAGAGAGGGAAGAAGAGAAGAAAAUUGAGGAGAAGAAAGAACCAGUAGUGGAGAUUGUCCCGUUGCCCGUGAGAGACUUGGCUCCGCCCACUCGACUGUCUACCGGAUCUAUUAGUGAUGUCGUCAGCGGGUCCUCGCCUGAUACUAAAGAGAAGCUAGGCCCGGUGGUGGGCGUGGGUCGCGGGGGCGGCGCGGGUCGCGGCGGGCGCUGGGCCGUGCUGGGCGCGGCGCCGCCCUCGGCCGGCUCCUCCGACUCGCGCGACUCCGAGCCGCGCGCGAGACCCAGACGCAGGCACCACGACCCGCCCGCACGGGCGCCCAUCGUACAAACAUCGUCAUCAUCCCGCGACGUCUCGCCGUGGGACGAAGAACUGCCGCCCGUCACGAGGUUGCAGCGACCGCCCUCACAUAGAGACAGAGACUCCAGACACAAUUCAUCUGGCUCAAGAGAAUGUCUAGACUCAGGCAGUGGGAGAGAAAAGGACAAAAUCCGAGACAAACGCGACAUGAGAGACAGAGAGAGAGACAUGAGUAGAGAUGGCAGAGACUCAGCUAGAGACAGGAGAGACUCAGCGCGAGACUCGGGCAGUGGGCGGGACCGGCGUGACGUCAGCAAGGAACGGGACCACAGGGAUCAUAGGGACAGGAGAGAUCGUAGGAGUAGGGACAGAGAGAAUGACUCGUGGGACAGAGACAGGACAUACAGCAGAGAGAGGGAGUAUAGGGACUCGAGGAGUAGAGAGAGACUGCCUAAAGACUAUAGAGACAAGGACAGGGAUAGACACAGGAAACCUAGGCACUCGUAUGAUGAGGAUGAAGAUUACAGUGACGGCUGCGGGUCUGGGCGAUCGUCACCCAGAGACCGGUGGCCAGACCAACGCUGGAGGAGAGACGAGAGAAAUUACGGUUCACUCGGUUGGCGGGAGACGAGACGUCGUGCUGAAUUGCGGCAAAGUGAAGAUUCUGCUGAAAGGAGAUAUGGUUCGACGCUAGGCUGGUCGGGUCGUCGUUCAGGUCCCCGUCGGUCGUCGUCCCGGGAACGUGACCGCGAAGCCCCGCGCGACCCGCCGCGGGACUCCCGCCGCCGCACCCGCCGGGACGACGCGCGCAGGCCGAGGGACUAUCGCUUCUCCAACGACUUCUCCCCGCGAGAACGGGAACACACCUCGCCUUUCGAUAACGAUUUCAACGACACACCCACACCUACUGGCAAGAAGAGAGCGCCUUACUCCAAUUUAGAGGGCACCAGAUUCGCAUUCGAGCCUGAAGAUGCUACUGCAUCUCCGGUAUCAGUGAGCAGCGCCCGCGCGCGCGACAGCGAGCAGAGUGCCACGCGGUUCCGGUUCGAUUCGGACUCUAUCUCCCCGCGCUCCAUGUUCGAGGACGACUUCGCAGCCGCACCGCGACCUAGAACAGCCUCCAUCGCGGAGGAAGAGGAAGGAGACCUCCCACCCCUCCGCCCUCGCCCUCCUCCCACCAAUAACCGGGACAUUCGUAAGUCUGACUCCAUCAACAUUUUCACCCGGGAGUCAGAUCCCUUCGAAGGUGACGCGUUCUUCGCGUGCACUGGCUCCGACCGCGCCGCGCGACGGGAGAACUGGCCCGGGGACUUCCAAGGGUUCGACAACGCGUGAGGUCGCGAGGUCCGAUUCCUCCAAGACUUGCCUACUACGCGCUCAGGCAUAGUGGGAAAGGGAGUAAUCGCUAAAACUGGUAAGAAAACGAUUUAUUACAGUUUUUAUAUACGUGAGAGUCAGAAACAGCCCAGUCAAGAGCAACCCGAGUCCCACUCUGAGUGAAACUAUUUGCCUUCAAUUGUAAUCAUUGACUCUUCACAGUUUUAAAGUUCCUAACGUCAAGUUUCAAAAUCCAGUUUUUAAUAAAAAAAAAAUCUCAUGGAAUGAUUUCAAUAGAAGUAAGAUGAAUGUGAAAUGCUGAGAGUUGGCAAUACCAGUAUUACUAAAUCUUUUAUUGCUUCUAAAUUAUAAUAUUGCGCGCAAUUCAAAUUAUUAGAUUGCAAAUGAAUGCAAAUAGUGGUGAAGAGAAAACAAAAUAAUAUGAGAAAAAAUAAAAAAGGAUGAAUAUUAUAGUCUUGCCAUAGACAUAAGAUUUUUAUGGAUCUCGUGUACCCUGUGUAUAAUGGUCCCCCGAUUAAUGUUUCAAAUAAACUCACAAUCGUUUUCAGAUUACACUAUUGUACGUUAUUACAUAUUCAACCUUAUUACUAAAGUGUUAAAAGUGAAUUUUAAUCAUUCCAAUAAGAACUAGUUUGAAAGGCUUUUUUCUUAAGGAGUGUAUGUGUAAUAAUGUAGAAUGUAACAUUUUUUUUUUAUAAUAACUUGAGACAUUCUAAACUAACUAAAAAUCACGACUUAGUCACGUAAAUUAAUAGAGAAAAGCUUUACUAGUUAUUACUACCAAUAGGCUGCGCGACCUAGACGCGACGCGCGAAAUCGGUCCCUAUGUGACUCGAAACUAGGAGAGCUUUCCUCCAUUAAUGUACGUGAGUAGCCCGUGAAUUUUAGUUAGUGUAACAUUUUGUUAUAUAUCGUAGUGUUAAGAUGACAUGCCGCUAUUACCUAGUGUAAAAAUGUAUAACCGCUGACCAUCGUCACCCUAGUAUUAUGUAUAUUAUGUAUGUACAGUGUGACUAGUGGGAAAUUGCAUAUACUUAUAAAUAAGUACUUACGAAAACUGCCAAACAAAAUAUUGACCAAUGGCUUUCAAAUAAUGGCAACUCCAUACAAAUAAUGUCAAUACUCGAUCUUGAUCAGAUUUUAGAUAGAGAUAGAUUGUUUAAUUAUUUUUAUUAGGCCCUAUAAGGAACACGUGUUGAUAAUAUCGUACUCAAAAGAUAACUCUAACAAAUAUGACCUAUUAUCACCCAGUUGUUAAAAAAUGGCAAUUUUCUUAAGUAAAUGCUUACUAAGUGUUUGCAAUUAUUCCACGAUUCAUACUGUAUCUCAAGACAAAUAUAGAUUUGAGCUGAAAGUCUAUAUUUGCCUUUAGACGCAACCUGUGAUAUGUAUAUGCAACGCCCUUAUAAUUGUUAUAAUUUCCGCGCUUCCUUGUUUUUCUACCACAACCAAUUGUCACAAGUUUGUCCACCUAGCCUCCUUGUGAUCAUGUUAUUUUAAAUUAAUAUCUGAUUUCAUUAUCUAUUUCAAUUUAUUAUAUCAUCAAAUCCAAUUAUGUUCCGAUUUGCAUGAAACAUCAUGUUUGAUGUCGAAAAUGAUGAAUUAAAGCUUGAAUUAUGCCAAUUCCAUAUUUUUACUACGAAACAUUUCAUAACAAAUGGUUAUUUAUUAAAAUAAGAAAUAAAACUUAUUAUAUGAUUGUACCCCCUUUGUUUAGAAGACUGCACAUGUUCUGUAGAAGUAGCGAAUUCAAUUUUCUUAUUAUGUAGCUAUACCUAAAACAAAGUCAUUCCGUAUGUAUUUAAUGAUAUUUUCGAAAAUAUAAACUUUUUGUAGGAAAUAAACAACUUCUAAGCGUUAAUUAUUCAAAAUGUAUAUAGUGAACUUGUUUUUCUUAUCAAAAUUAAAUUAUACAAACAUCAGUUUAGUUUAUCGCGUUUUAUUCAACGAUUUGAUAUAAAUUUCGCAAUCUUAAGCCCUAAAGGUUCAUUAUUAAAAGUAUCUGAAAAUUCUGUACCAAUGUAAUUUAAACGCGUAUUUCACAUUUAUUUUAAGUAUAUCAACAAUACUCUGUGUUUUAUUACGUUAAGUAAUUCUAAUUUAAGGGUGGAAUCAUUCUAGUUAUGGAAAGCGUCACCAAUUGAAGUUUGGGCACAAAUCUGUACAGUAUUUAAUUGGUAUUGUAAAUAUUUUGCUACGAUGCAAUCCCGUGCCGCUAUGUAAAAUGUAAAUAGUAACAUUUUGUAAAUCAAUUUAAUUAUACGUCGACGACUGUAUCGUUAACGCUGCGAUGUUUUCAGCACAUACUCGAUUAUUUAUUGAAAAAAAUAAUUUAUUUUGUUAAUGAAUUCCUUUUUUAUUUAUUUAAUUGAUUUGGCAAUUAUAUAUACAAUUUUUUUUUUAUAAUAUUAUGAAUUAUUUAAUUCGAUAGUCAUCUUCAAAAUUGCUGCACAUUUUUAACGCAUUUUGUGACUACAUUGUAUAUUUUCUAAGUCUGAUCCAUCUGUGAAUUUACGUCUAUCUCAUUAAUUUAUUUUAAAAUAUCACACAUUUCGUUUUAUAAUGUUUAUUAUAAGUUUUUUUUUGUGAUAGUAAUACUCGAAAUGUGAAAAAAAACAUCUAUAAUAGUGAGCGUCAAUUGUGCUUCUAAGAUAUUAUGGAAUUACGUUUAGUGAAUAAUUACUGUGAUAAUUUUAAUUUAUUGUGAUUUUUUCCCGAUACUUUUUUAACUUAAUUUUUUAUGCACUUGUUUUUAUGUAAAAAUCAGCAUGAAGCAAUUAAAUAAUAUUCUAAAACAAUAUCUUUGUAACACGAUAAAUAUUUAAGUACCUAUAAAAAUGUUGACUUAAAAUAUUGACAACCUUUUGCAUUAAUUUUUCAGAAUGGCAACUUUACCUCAGUAGUGUGCUUUUAUUACAAAAAGAACGCAUUAGUCCUUACCCAAAAGAUAAAAAAAAAACGCCUUCAUUCCUCAUUUUUCUAAAGUUUCCUAAUAAAACAAAAGUGAACUGUAGUAGUACUGAAAAAUUUAAUGUAAGGGUAUCUAUUAUAAUGUUAUAAUUAAAUAUAUCUUCUACAUAGAACUAACAUCCCAUAAUCAUUUUAUAGCGAUUGUAAUGAAUGUACUCACAUAAAACUAACGUUACCUAUAAACUAGUGAUCAAGAUGUCGAUUUUGUAUCAAUGUAUUUUUUGUACAUAAUGUAGCUAGAGGAAAUUAAUUAUGUGCAAUUAUUACCACCUCUAUGGCGCAAUACCAAAGGUAUUUAUGUUCUGUAACUGUUGUGUAAAAUACUCGGAGUUAUUAAAUUAUAACGAAAUGAUCGAAAACGA